AUGGAACAAUCUAAUAAGGAGCACAGAAAGCGGAAGGAGAAAGCUGGUGCCAAAAAGAAGCUCCAUACCCAGGGCCACAAUGCGAAGGCAUUUGCUGUGUCUGCCCCGGGCAAGAUGGCCAAGCAGAUGCAGCGUACCGGUGACAAAAACGAAAAGAAGUUACAUGUGCCAAUGGUUGACCGUACACCAGAAGAUGAUCCACCUCCAAUCAUUAUUGCUGUGGUCGGGCCUCCUGGUACUGGUAAGACGACGUUGAUCAAAUCUCUUGUCAGAAGAUUAACGAAGACGACGCUUACGGAAAUCAAUGGUCCAAUUACUGUCGUUUCCGGUAAGCGUAGAAGAUUGACAUUCAUCGAGUGCCCUGCUGAUGACUUGAAUUCUAUGAUUGAUAUAUCUAAGGUGGCCGAUUUGGUGCUUUUGAUGAUCGAUGGUAAUUUUGGUUUUGAGAUGGAAACCAUGGAGUUUUUAAAUUUGGCGCAGCACCACGGUAUGCCCCGUGUGCUAGGUGUUGCUACUCAUUUGGACUUGUUCAAAUCACAAUCUACACUCAGAGCCUCCAAAAAGACUUUGAAACACAGAUUCUGGACCGAAGUUUACCAGGGUGCCAAAUUGUUCUACCUUUCAGGUGUGAUCAAUGGUCGUUAUCCAGACCGUGAAAUUUUAAACUUGUCCAGGUUCAUCAGUGUCAUGAAAUUCAGACCUUUGAAGUGGAGAAAUGAACAUCCUUACCUACUUGCCGACAGAAUUGCUGAUUUGACUCACCCUGAAUUAUUGCAAUCUAAGGGUAAACAUAUUGAUCGUAAAGUGGCCAUAUAUGGUUAUUUGCACGGUACACCAUUGCCAACAACUUCAGGUUACAAGGUCCAUAUUGCAGGUGUGGGUGAUUAUGCCAUUGAUCAUGUCGAAAAAUUACCUGAUCCAUGUCCAACUCCAUAUUUCCAACAAAAAUUAGAUGAGUACGAAAGAGAACGUGCAAAGGAAGAAGGUGCUUCUGCAGCAGCCAUUCCAAAGAGACGUAAGAGAUUGGACGAUAAACAAAAGUUGAUCUAUGCUCCUAUGUCUGAUGUUGGUGGUUUACUUAUGGAUAAAGAUGCUGUUUAUAUUGACGUAGGGGGAAAAACUGGUCCAAGUACCAUGACAAACGAAGAGAAAGGUGAAAGUGACCAACUUGUCUCUCAACUUCAAGGUACAAAUCAAUCAAUUGAUGAGAAAUUCCAAAACGUGGGGCUACAACUAUUCUCAAACAGUACCGAAUUGCAUGCAGUGGAAGACCAAGAGGAAUUCAGUGAAGAGGAAGAAGAAGACGAUGCUGACAACGGCGACACUGGUAGAUCAUCUCUAAGAAAGGCUAAAGUCUAUGGAAAAUCCAUCAGAGAGUCGAAUGAAGAUGAUGAUGGGCUUUCAAGUGACAAUGAAGAAUUCGAAGAUGCCGAUGAAGAUGAGGGAGAAGAACACCGUACCAAAUUAGUGGAAAUUGAUUUCGAUGAAGAUGGUAAUGAAAAAAUGGCUUUCGAAACUGAUUCUGAACUUGAUGCUUCAGAUUCCGAAGAUUGGGAAAGAACUGCAGCUGGAAAGCUUAAUGGAACAAACAGAAGAAGAAGAUGGGAUAUUGGUAAGUUGAUAUACAUGGAUAACAUUUCUCCAGAAGACGCUUUGAAAAGAUGGCGUGGUGAGCUUGAAGAUGAUGAAGCCGAAGAGGAUAUUGAGGCUGAAGAAGAUGAAGGUGAUUUCUUCAAGCAAAAGACGUCAGCUACCAUCAAUAAGACACAAACUUACGAGGAUGACCUUGAAAGAUUCAUUCCAUACUUUGACACCUUUAACUCUUUAGUUGAAAAGUGGAGCACUGUUGAUUCUAUUAAGGACAGAUUUAUCGGUAAACCAUUGUUGUCUGAUAAAGAAAAGGCCAAUUCUAAUAGUGAUGACGACGAUGAAGAUGAAGUUUAUGGUGACUUUGAGGAUUUGGAAGCUAAUCCAGAAAACCCAGAAGAAGGAGAUAAAGAGAACGCAAGUGACGAAGGAGAAGAAGAUAAAGAAGAAGAAUCCGAUAGUAACGAUUCAUUUGCUGACUUUGAUGAAGAAGAAAAGAAGGAAUUGACCCAAGAAGAAGAACGUGAAUUAAAUGCUUCUAAGAAAGAAAAGUUGAGAUUACAAUUCGAAAUGGAGGAAGGGGACAAAUUCGGCGAAGAUCCUGAAAAUGAGUAUGAUACAUGGUAUGAGCUACAGAAAGCGAAAAUCGCUAAACAAUUGGAGAUCAAUAAAGUUGAGUUGGAAUCAAUGACCCCAGAACAGAGAGAGAAGAUCGAAGGUAUGAAAGCAGGAUCUUAUGUUCGUAUUGUCAUUGACAAUAUUCCUAUGGAAUUCAUCGAAAAUUUCAACCCAAAGUUCCCAAUUAUUAUGGGUGGUCUACUUCCAACUGAAUUGAAGUUUGGUAUAAUCAAUGCAAGAAUUAGAAGACAUCGUUGGCACAAAAAGAUUCUAAAGACCAAUGACCCGUUGGUUUUAUCACUUGGUUGGAGAAGAUUCCAAACACUACCAAUAUACACCACUAGUGAUUCAAGAACUAGAACCAGAAUGUUGAAGUAUACACCUGAGCAUGCGUAUUGUACUGCCAGUUUCUAUGGUCCACUAUGCUCGCCAAAUACCACUUUCUGUGGUGUUCAAGUUGUUGCCAAUAGUGAUACCACUGGUAGCUUCAGAAUCUCUGCCACAGGUAUUGUCGAAGAAAUUGAUGCUAGCGUAGAGAUUGUGAAGAAAUUGAAAUUAGUCGGUUAUCCAUACAAGAUCUUCAAAAACACAGCAUUUAUCAAAGAUAUGUUCUCAAGUGCAAUGGAAGUUGCAAGAUUUGAAGGUGCCCAGAUUAAAACUGUGUCUGGUAUUCGUGGUGAAAUCAAGCGUGCAUUGUCUAAACCGGAAGGUCAUUUCAGAGCCACAUUUGAGGAUAAGAUUCUAUUGAGUGAUAUCAUCAUCUUAAGAUCAUGGUAUCCUAUUCAAGUUAAGAAGUUCUAUAAUCCAGUUACCUCGUUACUAUUGAAGGACAAGACUGAGUGGAAGGGUUUGAGGUUAACUGGUAAAAUCAGAGCUGAUUUAGGCAUCGAAACACCAACUAACAACGAUAGUACAUACAAAAAGGUGGAAAGGGUUGAAAGAAACUUUAAUGGUUUGAAGGUUCCAAAAUCCAUAGCUAAGGAUUUGCCAUUUAAAUCACAAAUCCAUCAAAUGAAGCCUCAGAAGAAGAAAACUUACAUGGCUAAGAGGGCUGUCGUGUUAGGUGGUGAAGAAAAGAAGGCUCGCUCUUUCAUGCAAAAGGUAAUGACAAUCUCUAACGCCAAGGAAGAAAAGAGGAAAUCGAAGAAGGCGGAAGAGAGGAAAGAACGUUUGAAAAAGCUUGCUAAGCUAGAAGAAGCCAAGAAGGAGAAGGAAAAACAGAAGAAAAAGGACUUCUUCUCGAAGAACGGUAAGAAAAGACAAUUCAACGAUUCGGAGAUGAGCGACGUAAUGUCGUCUAAGAAAAGAAAAUAA